AUGAUUGACCAUCACACUCGCACGACUCGCACCACAAAACCAACCCUCAUGACGAGACUCAAGGGUCCCAACGCCCGACACAAAACCUACAAGACCGAGGUAACCCGUCACGGCCACGGUGGUACCACAACAUCUCGUCGCGGAUACAAUACUCGCUCUACCCGUGCAGCUCCCAUGCAAAAUCACCGCCGCAAGCCGAGUAUCGGCGAUAAGAUCUCAGGCGCGUUGAUGAGGUUGAGGGCGAGUUUGACGAGGAGGCCUGGUGAAAAGGCCGCUGGCACCCGCCGCAUGCGCGGUACUGAUGGACGUGGACGUCGUCGUGUCUAUUAA